AUGGCUCUACUGUCCUCAACAAACGUUCUAUAUUUAAGAAUAGCAUUUUUAUCCACUAUCUCAUUUUUUUGUUUUAAAAAUGUCACCAGUAUAUUAGAGAACAGUUACUUUCUAGUUUUAACUCAAGCUAUGAAUCUACCAGCUUUGAAUUUAGCACCAAAGAGUGCUCAACUUGGUGUUGUUGGUUUGUUAUUUGCUUUGUUGGCCAUCGAUGAUUUGAUUCCAUUGCUGGAAAGAAAUACUAAGCAUUUUAGUUCAAUAGUACCAUUUAGAUUGAUGAUUUUUUUUAUCGUUACUGCAUCUUCCUAUUUGGCCGAGACAAACUAUUAUGUUCACAACAAUGCUGUCUUUAUUUAUUCAUUCAUAGAAGUGUGGUUAAACUUUCUAAUAUUUAGUGCAAUUAGGGAAGAAAGAAAUGAUGAAUAUUCUAGAACCCAUCAAUUCAUGGAUGACGAAAUUGUGAAUGAUGACGAUGAGGAGAAUGAAGGUGAUUCACAAUCAGAAGCAUAUGAUAAUCUAACGUCUGCUCAGGAAAUAGCAUUAGAAGCCAUGGAAGUAGAGCAAGAUUGA